GAAACGUUGGACAUAUGAGAAUCGGAGAGUGUGUUCGCAUCAUUGACCCGCAGAAGCAGGGCCUUGUCAUGGGGGAACUUAGUGGGGCUUCAAAGCCGUUCUUACACCUCGUUUUGUGUCCAGCAACUGUGUGUUCUCCUCUGAUAUGAAAGUGCGGCCGCAGACAUGCUUUUCUUCAACCGACUAGUAUAUAUCACAGGAUAUUAGUAACUGUGAGUACGAGUAACGUGUCGCGUAUAAUAUCACGAGCUCUUUUCCAUAUAAAAUAAUUUUUAUACAAUCACUGAAAAUUUGGAGAAACACAAAAUCAUUCUUUUUUCCCCUCUUUUAUCAAUAAGUGUAUGACAAUGGUGUUCUUUUUUUAAGAAAAAAAAAGGGAAAUUUUUGAAAAAAUUGUAAAACUCGAAAAUCAAUUCUUGAAUUUCGUAUGUAUCAGACAAGAGUUGUCUGACCGUAUUUUCUUCAUUUUUUUUGCAAUUCUUUAAACUGGAUCAACAAAGAUGAAGAUUGCCACGACGUUAUUUCUCUUCGUCGUUGUUGGCUGCACGUGGCGGGAGGCUUUAAGCACAUGUGUAUGGGCUUCCGACUUUGGUUUCAGUCUUAACUGUGCCUUCAAAAAAUCCGGUCUCUUCCGGGUUCGAAAUCUGGGAGGUGUUAAAGGUUACGUCGGACUCGGAUUUUCAGUUGGAGAUGAACUUGGAUUUCGAGAUUCGUUAAGUAAUACAGAAGUAGUGAGUAAGAGGCGAAGUGUUCAAGAUGGAAGAGGAAAUUUCAUUGCCAUAAAUCCAUCAAAUCUGGCUAUUAAUCGUGAUGGAACGCGAAUGGUGCCACCGUUUAAACCUCUUCCACCAGGUGGUACACGACCAAUGUCACCACAACCCGAACGCCAAAGAUUAGUAGUACAACAAAAUUCAACGGCAUUAAAAACAAUUCCUGCACCUUCACUUGGUGGUAUGAAUGAAGAAUUAUUUAAGCAUCAGCAAAAAUUACAAGAUGAAGAUAAAGCCAGACAACAACAGAGAAUUCAACAGGAGGCACUCGCAAUGCAUAUGUUGAAACAACAGAGACAACAACAGCAGGAGGCAAUGAGACAACAGCAGUUGCAAAAAAAUGCACAGCAACAACAAAUACAAAAAGUUGCACAACAGCAGAUGCAACAACAACAGAUGCAACAGCAACAUGCUAAACAACAGAUGCAGCAGGAGAGUCUAAUGCAGCAGCAGCAACAGUUGCUACAGCAGCAGAAUCCAAUGCAGCAGCAGCAGCAAUUGCAACAACAGCAGAAUCAGAUACAACAGCAGAUAGCAGCAAUGCAAACCAAAAGAAUGCAGGUGGUGCAAGGUUCCACAAGUAAUGUUGCAAGAUUACCAACAAUUGUCGCAGCAAUACCACCAGCUGGUAGUGUUGUCAAUGAUCCCUUACCAAAACCAGUUGCUGGUAUUGUAAUUCCCAACAGUGCAUUGCCACCAUUUAUAGCAAUGCCUCAAUCAUCCGCUAAAUUGACAAGCAGAAUCAGUCACAGUCCAACGUUAUUGGAGGAUUCCGUUAAUGAAGUUUCGAAAGACGAUGAUAAACAACUACCAAUACCGGUUGAUGAUGUACCAUCAUCGAAUAAAUUGACGCUUCUUUCAUUUCCACAAGUUGUUGUCGAACCAUUUGUUGAACAAUCGAUGCCUGAUCAACAGAAUGGAAAGAGACAAUCCUUACCGUCAACAAUUAAAAAUUCAUCACCAGUGAAAAAUUCUCUUCAAUCAUCAAUUAGAAAUACUCUUCCAUCAUUGGAACCCAUUCAAAGUAGUAAGCAAACAUCGUUAAAGGCCUUGGCUGAAGCUAGCAAUAUUACAUUAGAAGCAUUGGAGGCAGUUAUUUUGUUGAAGCAACAACAAUUGUUGCAGAGGCAGGAAGGACCUACUACUACUACUACAACAACGACAACAACUACUACACCAUCUUCACUAACAAGUAAUAAUAACAAUUAUUCUGGCACAACAAAAGUAAUGAACGCUCCUCGAGAAUAUUAUCCAGUUGGAUAUGAUAAGAAUUUUGAUGAUAAUUUUGCAAGUCGAGUUGAUUUACCCGAUACGAGUUUUUAUUGUGGGGAUCAGAAACAUUUUCCCGGAUUGUAUGCCGAUGAAGAUCUCGGUUGCAUGGUUUUUCAUGUCUGCGCCUUAACUGACGAUGGUCUUAUAAUGAAAAGUUUCUUAUGUCCCGAAUCAACGCUUUUUGAUCAAACAAUUUUAAAAUGCAACUGGUGGUUCUACGUGGAUUGCAAAACAUCAAAAACACUUUACGACAGCAAUAUUCCCAUCAGCAAAAGUUAUCAACUCAUGAAAGCAUUGGCAUUUUUCUCAGCCUAUAAAAAUCACGAUAACAGUACUAUGCAAGCAACAGAAACUGAAGAAGCAAAAAGCCUUUAGUAAAUUGAGAAAAAUUAGAGAAAUUUAUUUUUUUUUUUUUUGCUUCCUCAUAUGAGGAUGCUUUUUUAUCAAUUAAAAAUAUAAUAUUGUCACGAGAGACUAUAAAUAUGACAAUAUUAUUUUUCCAAUGAAAUCAAGAAACGCUCGAAAAAGAAAAAAAAAUGAUCGUUUUGCCAUGAUUUCACUAUUGCUCAAAAUACAUUUAGAUUUAUUUUUGUGUGAGUUGUUAGAAAAUUUGUAUAACGAAGAUUUUUUCAUUGAAUUAAUUAAUAAGUUAAUUUAUGUACAGAUAAUAUAAAAAUGAUAAAUAUUUAAAUUAUUGUAUAUUUGUUUAUUUUUGAUUAUUAUUAUUAUUGUAAAAUAUUGUGAAAUUUUUUUCAUUUUUCGAGUCAAUAAGUAAAAAUUUGAAUUAAUUAAAUGACAACGAGACAGGAUUGACAUUUUAUUAUAAUGUGUUUUAUCAUUUUUAAAUUAAUUAGAAAUUCAAUUCUUGUCGAUAAUUGAGAAUUUAGAGAUGAUAUAAAUAUAUUUUAUUGGUAUUUGGGGAAUUUACGAUGAUGAUGAUGAUGAUCUUUAUAGGAAUAAUAUUAUAGAGCGAUAAUAAUUCUUAUCUAGCAACAGUAGUGACAUGAUUUUAAGUAAAAGUAAAUUAAUUAUGGUAAAUAAUUUACAUAUUACGUAAUAAAAUCGAUAAAUACCGCACGAUAAUAUAUAUAUAUAAAUUUAAAUCAAAAAAGAAACAGUAUUUACUGUUGCGAAAUAAGGAAUUUUAGUGAAAUAAUGUAUUCUUUAUACGCUCAGGCCCUUGCCUAUAUAUUUAUUUUUAAGAAAUGUAAAUAUAUUUUUUUUAUUUAUUCACGUUGAAUUUUUAAAUAAAUUAAAAUUCUAUUUCA